AUGGAAACAAGAAACAAUACAAGAGUUUUAGAAUUUCUUCUGCUGGGAUUUUCAAAGGAUCCAGAACUGCAGCCCCUCUUCUUUGGGCUUUUCCUGUCCAUGUACCUGGUCACUGUGCUGGGGAACCUGCUCAUCAUCCUGGCCACCAUCUCAGACUCCCACCUGCACACACCCAUGUACUUCUUCCUCUCCAACCUGUCCUUUGUGGACAUCUGCCUCACUUCCACCACCAUCCCCAAGAUGCUGGUGAACAUCCAGACACAGAGCAAGGUCAUUACUUAUGCAGGUUGCAUCACACAGAUGUGCUUUUUCUUGUUUUUUAUAGAAGUGGACAACUUCCUCCUGGCUGUGAUGGCCUAUGAUAGGUAUGUGGCCAUCUGCCACCCGCUGCACUACACUGUCAUCAUGAAUCCCAGGUUCUGUGGUUUGCUGGUUGUGGUGUGCUGGAUUCUGAGUGUCCUGCAUGCCCUGUUUCAAAGCUUAAUGGUGUUGCGACUGUCCUUCUGCACACACUUAGAAAUCCCCCACUUUUUCUGUGAACCUAAUCAUGUGGUCCAACUUGCUUGUUCUGACACCUUCCUUAAUGAGGUGGUAAUGGAUUCUGCACUUGUACUGAUGGUUAUUGGCCCCAUUGCUGGCAUCGUUUACUCCUAUGCUAAGAUAACUUCCUCCAUCCGAGCAAUCUCAUCAGCUCAGGGCAAGUACAAAGCCUUCUCCACCUGUGCGUCUCACCUGUCCAUUGUCUCCCUAUUUUAUGGCACAGGCCUGGGUGUGUAUCUCAGUUCUGCUGCAGCCCAGAGCUCACACUCCAAGGCAACAGCCUCAUUGAUGUAUACUACGAUCACCCCCAUGCUGAACCCCUUCAUCUACAGUCUGAGGAAUAAGGAUGUGAAGAGAGCUCUGAAAAGAAUUUUGCAAGGAGAUGGCUAGGCGAAAUGCAGCAGCUGGUUAUCCUCAGAGAAAUCUAGAUAUGUUGUUAGGAAAGGGACCUUAUGAGGAUCAGCAGCAACAAAUUGCAUAUGAUCCUGGCGUAUACGCACAAAUUGCUGCAGAUGCAAUUAAGGCAUGGAAGACUUUACAAGGACAUGGAGGUUUACAAGGUCAAUUAUCUAAGGUAAUACAAGGAGCUAAUGAACCUUAUGCUGAAUUUGUAGAUAGGCUUAUUCAAACAGCUACCAGAGUUUUUGGGAAUACAGAACAAGCAA